UGUGUGGGUGUGGUCUGUGGGUGUGGUCUGUGUGUGUGUGUGUGUGUGUGUGUGUGAGCAGGGUGCGGCUCGACACUUGAAGCUGUGCCGGGUCGUCUCAGAUUCUCAGAGUCAGUGUGAGUCUGCAGCUCUCAGGUGAACUCAGAACUCGUCCACCACACCUCUCACGUCUCCUCCUGCUGCAUCCAACGUCUCAGAGAAGCGACAUGGACUUGUCAGACGCUCUUGGCGACGGUUGGCUCGCUGGUGGCAACAACCAAUCAGGAGGGGCCGGUGGCUGGCCAGGUCAGCCUUCCAACCCCACCUGGCCUGGAGGACAACCUGCUAACCCCACCUGGCCUGGAGGUCAGCCUACCAACCCCACCUGGCCGGGAGGCCAACCUGCUAACCCCACCUGGCCGGGAGGCCAACCUGCUAACCCCACCUGGCCUGGAGGUCAGCCUGGAGUUCAACCCACAUGGCCCGCCCAACCCAGCCAGCCCAGUCAACCUGGCCAUCCGGGUCAGCCCAGUGCACCAGGAUGGCCCAGUCCUUCCACAGGACCUCAAACUGCCCCCCAACAAAGUCUGACAAUUCCGUUCAAUCAAUCUCUGCCCAAUGGAGUUUAUGACAAACUGCUCAUCACCAUCGGUGGAACCAUCAAGCCCAACGCUAAGAAGAUCACAAUGGAUAUUUGCAAAGCCGGUGACAUCGCCUUCCACUUCAACCCUCGCUUCGACGAGGACCACAAGAAGGUGAUCGUCUGCAACAGCUGCAUCGGCAACAAGUGGGGAAGAGAGGAGAGGUCGAGUAACUUCCCCUUUGUGCCAGGACAGCCGUUUGAGAUGAUGGUCCUCUGCACCAACCGUGGAUUUAAGGUGGCCGUUAACAACUCUCACCUGCUGGAGUUCCAUCACCGGAUCACGGACCUGAGAUCCAUCAACAGCAUCAAAAUGUACUACGACUUGUCCCUGUCCAGGGUCACCAUGGAGACUCUGCCCUGAGGCAGAUCCACCACAAGAUAAGGGGCUGUGGGUUCAAAAUUAUAUCUAGAAUAGAUCUACAGAACGUUGCUGGAACCAAAAGAGUUGGAUCCUACAGGUUUACAGUUAUUCACUUUAUAUCCAGUGAAGAUCAUCAUUGUAGAAGAUCGUCAGUAGAUCGUCAGUGGAUCAAACCGAUAUCCUGAUUUGAUCUGUAGAUGGUUCUUAGUGAGGUUAGAAUAAAGUGUAAACAUCCACAGAGGGUUGUCCGUGGAUCCUUGUGUUCAAGAUUUCUUCUGUUUGACUCAUUUUAAUAAAGGUCAUCUUAAAUAUU